UCUGAUGAGGCUAUAUUUGAGACUGGGAAGAAUGGCAGGAUAUAUGUGACUAGGAGGGUAGAUGAGAGGAGGUGCCCUGACUGCAUUAAAUCAGUCUACAAGUCAGGGAGGACAACGGUCAUGAUAUGGGGGGCAUUAAGUUGGGAUUACAAGUCGCCAUUAGUCUUCCUAGAGAAGCUUCCAGAACGCAAGGGCAUAUGUUCUAAAGCCUAUCUACAGCAAGUUCUUCAGCCUAUAAUCUUCCCUCUCUUUGAUGAUCUAGGGCCGGAGUAUAUCUUCAUGGAAGACGGGUCUAAGGUGCAUAAAGGGCAUGCCAAAUUACCUAGACUACAGCACAAUAUCCGAGGGUUUAAUUGGCCUCCUUCUUCACCAGAUUUGAACCCUAUUGAGAAAGUCUAG